CCAUCAUGCACCCGGGCCCCAGGGUGCCGACUCAGCCGGCGGCCUGAGAGCCGGGCCGCCCCCACCCCCGAGAGCGGCAGGGGUCUGGGAAGAGAAGCAGAGCGCAGGGAGAUGGCCUCUCUCUCGGCCCACCGCGGAGGUUGCGGCCUCCCAUAAGCUAGCAGGCUUGUCGGGCCCCGGCCUGCCGUCGGCUUCGCCACAGCGGGCCUAACAUGGCCGCUUGUGCCGGGAUCUCCCGGGUGUGCAGAGAACCGGGCCGAGGUCCGGGGCCAGGAACUGCUCCCGGCAUUCCUCGCGGGCGUGGCGUGGGCUCCCUUCCCCCUUCUCCAGGUCCCGCGAGAGGGAGAUCCUGGGGCUUUGAGGUAGCAUGGCCCAGGGCCUGAUUGAAGUGGAGCGAAAGUUCGUUCCCAGCCCUGGCACAGAGGAGCGGCUGCAGGAAUUGGGGGGUACCCUGGAGCGCCGAGUCACUUUCCGAGACAGCUACUAUGACACCCCUGAGCUGGGCCUCAUGCGGGCUGACUACUGGCUCCGACAGCGAGAGGGCAGUGGAUGGGAGCUCAAAUGUCCCGGAGCAGCAAGUGUUUCAGGACCCCACACUAAGUACAUGGAACUCACAGCUGAGCCUGCAGUUGUGGCCCAGCUCUGUGAGGUGCUGAGGGCUGAAGUCCCGGGGGCUGGAGGCGUGGCUGAUGUGCUGGGCCCGCUGGGGCUGCAGGAAGUAGCUAGUUUUGUGACUAAGCGUAGUGCCUGGAAACUGGUGCCGCGCGGAGCUGAUGAAGAGGAGCGGCCGCUCAGGGUGGACCUGGAUACAGCUGACUUUGGCUACGCUGUGGGUGAGGUAGAGGCCCUGGUGCAAGAGGAGGCCGAAGUCCCAGCUGCCCUGGAGAAGAUCCACAGCCUCAGCAGCAUGCUUGGUGUGCUGGCGCAGGAGACGGCACCUGCCAAGCUGAUUGUGUACCUACAGCGCUUCCGGCCUCAGGACUAUCAGCGCCUGCUAGAAGUGUACAGCUCCACAGAGAAGCCUUAGGGGACUGGAAGAUCCAGACGUGACACUGGGCUAGGGUGUCACUUGCCCGAUGGGGAAGAAAGCUCCGGGUCGAAUGAGGUUCAUUCCUGGGCUCACUGUGCCUCUUCCUCUCUGGCUCCCCUUCCCGCGGUGACUCCUCUCUCUCCAGCUCCGCCUGUUCCUUCCCCCUACCCUCAGCUAUCCUUCCUGGAGCCCUCCCUGGCUGCCCCCUCUCCCUCAUCCGUCAGAUGCAAUCUGUGGGCCGCCCCUCUCCCCUGGCCGCUAAGCAGCCUCCAUUGAUUUCCGCUCGUGUUUAUAGGAUUUCCACUUAGCCGUGAUCAGUAGUUAAGCACAGGAAAAUCCCUUGCCACCCUCCCUCCCUUGGUCGAUGCCAUUGAUUCUGCCAGCGGCUCCUAAACCGCCUUACAGCUGAGUUAGAGAUGAGGGGAGGCAGCAGGGAUUUCCCUGCCCUGGGGUACGGGGAAUAGCAGAAGGCUGGGGAAAUGGGUGGGAGUCCCUGUUAGAAAUCUAGAAAUUCUGGUUUGAUGUUGCCCCUGUGCCCUGCUCUGGCCCAGAGGGUAGAGUGCCUCCUGUGGAAGUUUAGGGGCACAUUUGCCCCCCAGCCUGGAAAGGGGUAAAAAGAAAACCUUUCUUUGUUGAAACCAGUUCCAAAGGCUUAGGGCAAGAUACCUACUUCCUGUGUAAGAAGGCUCUUCCCUGGCUGUGCUUCACACACGUUUUCUACCUCAAAUAUGGCUUCCCCCCUCAGGCUUUAUUGGGCUUUCACUAUUUGUAGGGUUGGGGGCAGCCCCCCCACCCCAGUGGCAAGUACAGGACCAGAGUGCCACCUGCUGGCUGUCCUCAGAUAGCGGCUCCCCUGGGCUUGGGGACGCAGGAGGGUUUCAGGCUGUGAGUGGAGGCCGAGUUACUGCCACGUCUCCACAGGCAAGUUGUUCACCUCAAAGAUUUCCUGCACCGACUGGCCAAAGUGGUUGUAGGUGAGGCGCAGCUUCAGCCGCAAGGGGGCCUAGGAAUAGGAGAGCAGAGACCAGGGUAAGCGCCAGUGACUCCCCCUUCACUGGGUCUUAGCCUCGAGGGGCUCCUGGAGCUCACCUUCUUAGGAUUGAGGAUUCUGAGGAGCUGGGUCAUCGGAAGGCCACCCUGAGCUGGAACUGUGUCCCCACUGGGAGCCUGUAGCUGCAGCUGGAAACUCUGAACACAGGAGGUUGGAUGGAGCACACCGCAGGGAGCUGGCUGGGCUCAGGUAACCCCUCCACACCCAACAGUUUUCAACCCUCUUCCCAUAACUCCCCACGUGCCUGUCUCUGCAAGUCACUCCCUUCUCAUCUCAUCCUCUCCCCCAUCCACCUCCUCUACUUAGUGGCCUUUUCUCCUAGAGUACCAAGGCCACCUCUGAAUCCCAGUCUUCUACAAACCUUGGGCACAGCGGCCUGGCAGAUGAAGUGGGUGACAUCACCCCCUGAGGUGUUGGUGGCAGUGACAGUGAUCAACAGCAAAGUAGGGGUUCCAGGGGGUCGAACGAAAGAAAGAUCCAGCUGUAGUCCUUCGCGCUCAAACACUCUGAGAUGUGGGAUGGGAGCUACAGCAGGGAGAAAGAAGUGGCUCAGCGUAUGGGCUGAAGGUAACGGUUCACUCAUUCAGUAAAAAUUGAACGAGCACCCAUUGGGUGCAGGGCCCUGCUCGAGAUGCUAGUGACAGAGUGGAGAAGAUGCGGCCUCUGAUGGAGCUAACAGCCUAGUCGGGGGGAGAGAAACAAUAAACAAGAAAGACAAUCACAGACUGUAAUUGGUGCUCUGAAGGAAGCAAACUAUGCCAGGAUAACUGGGGGGAACUAACUGAAAUAGGAGAGGUAGGGGAAGGCAUCUGACAGUUUAGCUGAGGCCUGAAGGUUGAGAAUGAGCCAGUCAUAUUGAUGUGCUGGGGAAAGGACAUUCCAUGUGAAAAGAAUAGGAACGCCAAGGGCUUGAGGUGAGAGGGCCUGAGGAGCUGAGAGGGGGCCAGUGGAGCGGGUAGUGGGAAAGCAUGUGAGGUGGGCAGGGAGGAAGCAGGGCCCGCAGGCCAGGGUAAGAAGUCUGGAACAAAGGGAAGAUACUGGAGGGUGUCCAGGAGGAGACUGGCAUGAUGUAAUGAAGCCUUUUACUAAGAUGGGGAUGUGAUGGGGGUACACAGCAGGGAAGAGGGUAUCAACCUGUCCUUGGCUUAGAAGGGGAAGCAGCCUGUUUCCACCGCCCCUUCUUUAAGACAUCUCCCCUUUGCUGAGGCUUACCAGGGGGUGGGGGAGCACAGGGAAGGUUGAGGAGGUGUAUCAAAGUGCCUCCUGGGGUGGGAUCCAGAGGGGGAGGGUGCUGGGCGUCCCCAGAAGGGCCAUCCAGGAGAUCUAACAGAUCCAAGAGCUUUGAGGCCUAGGGGAGAGGGCAGAAGUGUCAGGGCUGGGUAUGGAAGCUGGACCAUGCUCUUCCCCCUGGGACUCCCGGCCUCCUCACCUCGGGUUCUGUGGGGACAGGGGCUGCUUCCGAAAGCUGGGCUGUUUCUUUGCUUUCCUUUGCUUCCUCAUCAACCUGAGAGCUACCUCGCUCCACAAGAGGUAUCUUUUCCAGGAUGGCAGCCCUGGGAGGAUGGAAUGCAGGUGUAUCCCUCUGGGUAGACCCUGGGCUUUGCGCAAGAGGCACGUGGGAGGAGGGGUAAGAACACGGGGAGUCCUGGGCACAUGGUGGGUCAGAAGUGCCCCUCUGAUUUCCUAAGGUGGCACAGUCUUGCUGGCCUUCAGAUGAACAAGGAUGGUGGGAAGCCAACUUAGCUUCAGUGAACUGUGAGUAGGAGGCUCUGACUGGAUGAGGAAGGACACAGGUGAGGAUGAGACCCCUCCACCCAGAAAGGGACAGUGGGGAGCGGGCCAGGGGUUGGGUCCCACACUGCGGCAGAGUGGCGCACACACCUCAUGUGGUCAUACUUCCUGAAGAGGGUGUUAUACUCCACCGCCCGCUGCUGCAACUCCACGUCCAGGCAGCUGCUGUAGAUGGACACAACCUGGCGGAUGCGGCUGGGCCGCAGGGUGGUGCGUGAGUGGGAAGGCUCGUCUGCCAUGCCCUUCACCUUCAGGAUGCGGCAAGAAAGGAAGAGGCCCCACAGACCACGGAGAUACCCAUGAUUCUUGGCUCAAAAGGAAGAAGCUGGGCUUCCCUGGUGGCGCAGUGGUUGAGAGUACGCCUGCCAAUGCAGGGGACGCGGGUUCGUGCCCCGGUCCGGGAGGAUCCCGCAUGCCGCGGAGCAGCUGGGCCCGUGGGCCAUGGCCGCUGGGCCUGCGCGUCCGGAGCCUGUGCUCCGCAGCGGGAAAGGCCACAACAGUGAAAGGCCCGCAUAUUGCAAAAAGAAAAAAAAAAAGGAAGAA